AACUAACUGUCAUAUCUUGGACAACCAAGCGAUCAGACUGUUUUAUUUAAUCUCGUUGGUUGACAGACGGUUAGUGACUAAUUUCGUUGAACUGAAUUAUUUAAAGUAACUAGAAAAUUUAAGGGGUGUUAAAGUAUGUUAUGUGGACUCAAAGUCAAUUUGAUUUCAUCUUGUGUUUUAAGAUCAGUAAGUGUAGUAACGGUGUAAGUUUGUUUAUUGCCUAGUAUAAACAAUGUAAAAUUCAUAACCAAUAACUAUUGAACAAGUCAUUUGGAGUGUAUAAUAGGCUAUAAUUAGGAUUGUCUUUGUGUUGAAUUUUUUAAAAGACAUAAGUUAGAACAAUAUGCUUCCAGGAAUUGGAGUUUUUGGUACUGGAAACAUAAUUAAAGUUGCAGUUCCUAUUCUUCGAGAAAAAGGGUUCAAAAUAGAGGCGAUAUGGGGAAGGACCUUGUCUGCUGCUGAAGAAGUGGCAAAGGAACUUGAUAUUCCCUUUUAUACCAACAGAGUUGAUGAUGUACUCUUACGUAAAGAUGUAGAUCUUAUUUUUAUUAUAAGUUCACCAAAUUUACAUGCCCAAAUUGCAGUGAAAGCACUUGGGAUCGGAAAGCACGUUCUUUGUGAUAAACCAGCUGGUUUAUGUCAAAGUGAAGCCUUAAAAAUGGUUAGGGCAUCACAGUAUUAUCCCUCAUUGAUCUCUAUUGUAAACCAUAGUUUAAGAUUUCUGCCUGCUUUUGCUCAGAUGAGACGAGCGAUUGCUGAAGGUUUUCUUGGUACAGAAAAAGACCUAACUGUUUGUGAUGUUAGAGUCCAGAUGGGCAGCCUUUUACAUGAUGUGUAUGACUGGUUAUGUGAUGAUACAAUGGGUGGAGGAGUUUUAACACUAGUGGGAAGUCAUGUCAUAGAUUUAGUAUCUCAUCUCCUUUCACAGAGAGCAGUAAAAGUCCAUGGAGUUGUAAGGACAUUCACUAAACAAAAUGAAAACAUCAAUGGCAUCCGUAACAUUUCCAGUCCAGACUUUUGUUCAUUCCAAAUGGAAAUGAGUCGUGGAACACUGGUCACCGUAACUUUAAAUAACCAUUUACCGGGUCAGUUUCAUCAAGAAGUUCUAAUAUGUGGAAAAGGUCAUUUAGUUGUCAGAGGAGGUGAUUUGUAUGGAAUGAAAAUUGGAGCUCCAAAAGAAGAAGUAAUUUACCUUGAUGUUGAAGAUCUACAAAAAUAUGGCAGCAUAAAUCCAGUAGUAGCUAGCACAAUACCAAAACCAUACAUGAAAGGCCUUAUCAAAAUGAUGGGAGCACUCAGAGAGGCAUUUUUACCUGUAGAAGAUAAAAGAGGAUGGGUGAAAGAACCUGUAGCACUAGCUGCAACAUUCGAAGAUGGACUUUAUGUGCAAGCAGUAAUUGAUGCUCUACGAAAAUCAAGUGCUAAUAAAGAAUGGGUUAAAGUCACUAUCAUAACAGAGGAACCAGAUCCAAAUCCACUUUUAAGUGCUGCAGUACGACGGAGUGGGGGCAUUUCAAUUUGAUAUGAAUAUAUUUUUUGGUUUCAGUAUAAAACAGUCUUUAUAGUAGUUCUACAAUGUUCAUGUAACUUACUUACACUAUUUAAAUUAGUACGUUAUAAUAUUUAUGAACAUACAUGUUAUUUUCAAAUAUAUAUUGUGAGUCUAUCAUACGUUAUGCAUAUAAAGUUUUAGGCCUGAAUAGGCUAACGUAAUACAUUAAUCUAUUACAGUAUUUUCCAAGUACGGUACAUUUUUACAAUAUUAGGCAAUUUUGUUGUUGAAUUUUAAUGUAAAUAAAUAUAUUGUUUUAUAAUUA